CGUCCGUACGUGUGCCCGCGGCCCACCACCCCGACCUCCCCCUCCCGAUGGACAGGACGGCCGGCGGCGGCCGCGUGAAGGUGGUGGGGCAGGUGGAGCGGGUGGACGGCGCCACGCUGAGCUACGGGGAGUUCGUCGACCGCUUCAUGAGGCCCAACCGCCCCGUCGUGCUGACGGGCCUCACCUCCUCCUGGCGCGCCUGCCGGGACUGGACGCUCGCCGCCGACCGCCGCGGCCCCGACCUCGAGUUCCUCGCCCGGAGCUUCCCUUCUCCGCUCGUGCAGGUUGCUGACUGCUCCUCGAGGGAGUUCUCGGACCAGAAGCGGCUCGAGAUGACAAUGCGGGAGUUUGUCGACCACUGGGUUGGGAAUUCUAGCAAUGGAGAUUCUGAAGGCCCCCUGCUGUAUCUGAAAGAUUGGCAUUUUGUCAAGGAGUACCCUGCUUAUGUUGCAUACACCACCCCAAAAUUCUUUGCCGAUGAUUGGCUCAACAUGUAUCUUGAUAGCCAUCCGAUACAUAGAGAUUCUGACAUUGCCAACCAUAAAAAUGAAAUAAACUGUGCUGACUAUCGGUUUGUUUACAUGGGAUCAAAAGGGACUUGGACUCCUCUUCAUGCUGAUGUUUUUAGGUCAUAUAGCUGGUCGGCAAAUGUAUGCGGCAGAAAACUAUGGCUCUUCCUUCCACCAUCACAAAGUCAUUGCAUAUUUGAUAGGAACUUACGAUCUUCAGUAUAUAAUAUAAAUGAUGAGGUUUCUGAAAAGCAGUUUCCUGAAUUCAAUAAUACUGAAUGGCUAGAGUGCACUCAGGAGCAGGAUGAAAUCAUUUUUGUGCCUAGUGGGUGGUAUCACCAAGUCCAUAACCUGGAUGAUACUAUAUCAAUAAACCAUAAUUGGUUUAAUGGCUACAACCUUCAUUGGGUGUGGAACUUGCUUCAUGAAGACUACAAGGUUGCAAAGGAUUAUAUUGAAGACAUUCGGGACAUAUGUGAUGAUUUUGAGGGACUAUGCCAACGCAACUUAGCAGCGAAUACAGGCAUGAACUUCUAUGACUUCUUCGUCUUCAUAACACGGUUUGCUUUAGCCAAUAUAGUUGAGCUUUACCAUAUUCAAAAGCCAAAAGAGACUGCUCUCAAUUCAACAGAAACUACUAACCACUUUGUCUAUAAUCUCAUGUCAAUACGAAAUGUUGCAUCAAAAAUGACAUCUACAGAGGCUUUCAAUACUGAGAAUAUUUGUAACAUCUCAGAAGAAAACCAGAGUGCUUUCUCUGAUAUCAUAAAAAUAUUGGAAGAGGAAAGUUUCAGAAGGUUAUCGGUGGCGAUGUCAAAGGCAUAUGAUCACAUUUACAGAGGACAGAGAAAUUGUCUCAAAAUGAGGGAUUCAAAUCAGAAGGGUUGUUUGUCAAUGACCUGCGUGAAAUCUGACUGUGAUGUUGUUGGUCACAUUACUUCUUUCGUGCGCGAGAUUCAUGGACCUGCAGAUUUGGUAAUACUAAUUGAUAGUACUCUUUCUGAUGGAAAAUUAUAAGUUUGCCUGGCACUGUAAAUGUGUGUCCGCACUGGUGCAUAGGGCCUGUUUGGAGGAGCUAUUCUCUCAGCUGUAGCUUUUCUCAAAAGCUGCUUCUGCCAGAAGCUGCCCAAAACGGUUCACAGCUUCUGAGAAUCUAUAGUUACAGAUUCUAGAAAAUGAACUGAGAAUCCAGAAGCUGGGUUUAGGAGUUUUUUCAGAUUCUCAGAAGCUAGCUACCAAGCAACUGUUUCUCAGUAUCUAAAGCUCCUCCAAACAGGCUCAUAGUCUCAUUCUCUAGGAAUCCUGGAUACUUGACCACUGCUGAAUGCUCACAACCUGCGUGUUCUGGAAGGAUAGCUGCUAAGCAUGACAUUCCCAUUACAACUGUGCAAUUCUUAAACCUGGUCUUGCGACCCUUCAUCCUUGGAGAUCAUUUCACAGUGUGCAUAACAAGGACCAUCUGGCAGUAAUUAUAUUGUGGAAAUUUCGCAUCAAGAACAAGAUGGAAAGUAAGGGGCUACAGGUCAACCACUUACUGUCUUACAUAUGUAUUUCAAGGUGAUUCACCAAUGGUGACAUUGACAUUGCAGAUACGUUCAAGCCUCACAUGUUUCACUAUAGAAGAUAGAAAAUACUACUCCCUAGUCCCUCCAUUCCUUUUUUAUGUUUUUUUUAGGAUGCGUACAGUCAAACAUCAAAGCCUCACUAACAUGUGUACUGGAGACCAUACCGAUAUGUAAAAAACUGGAGAUAGUUUUUUUUCCCUUAGAUUAUUCCAAUUUUGUUUUAGUUAGCUCUUUUGUUGGUUCGUCGUUUGUUUACCUUUUGUUGUGCUGCCAGCAAACAAAUGGAAAAUCUUGAUGAUGUAGCAUGAAGAGUGUUUGUGUAGCAAUAAAUGUUUUCACCUGCUAUCAUUUAUUUUAGGCUGUUAGCAAAUUUGCU